AUAUGGGGUUAUGGAAUAGCUCCAGUGGCUGCGAAAGAAAAGACUGCAGUAACGAAACGCAUGCAGUCAAUGCUACAGUGGCGUUUACGCAUGGUACUUUGUUUGAUUCUGUCGCUUAUGUCAGCUGCAUUCCGGGACACAAGAUACAUGGAACUAAAGGGAAUGACAACACUACAACCACCAUCCGUUGUAUGAAAACCGGGACCUGGUCAGGGGCCCCUGUGUGCGUUAGGAAAGAUUGUGGUGGUAACAUAAAAACACUUAAUGCUAGCAUUACCUUUGGAGAUACCCACUACAAUGAGAACGCGACAGUUUCCUGUGAUAAAGGGUAUAAAGUCAUUGGGACAUUUGGGAACAAUGUUAUUGAGGAAACAAUUACUUGCCACCUUAAUGGCUAUUGGGCAAACCCGAGCGGAUGUGUAAAGAAAGGUGUACCUUCAUACCAUCAAGUAUACUAA